AUGGCAGCGUCGACGGCGAGGGUAGAUCUAGACGGGAAUGCCAUAAAGCCGAUCACAAUAUGCAUGAUAGGAGCCGGAGGAUUCAUAGGCUCGCACCUUUGCGAGAAAUUGAUGUCUGAAACGUCGCACACGGUAUUCGCGUUGGAUGUUUAUAAUGACAAGAUCAAACACCUACUUGAACCGGACUCUCUUCCCUGGGCUGGUCGUAUCCACUUCCACCGAAUCAACAUCAAGAACGAUUCUCGCCUCGAAGGCCUGAUUAAGUGCUCCGAUCUGACAUUAAAUCUAGCGGCCAUAUGCACACCAGCAGAUUACAAUACCCGUCCUCUUGACACGAUUUACAGCAAUUUCAUUGAUGCUCUCCCAGUGGUUAAGUACUGUUCAGAGAAUAACAAGCGGCUAAUUCACUUUUCUACCUGUGAAGUAUAUGGGAAAACAAUUGGGAGCUAUUUUCCAAAAGACAGCCCCCUGCGACAGGAUCCUGCGUAUUACAUCCUUAAAGAAGAUACUUCCCCUUGCAUUUUUGGCUCAGUUGAGAAGCAGAGGUGGUCAUAUGCAUGUGCCAAACAGUUGAUGGAGAGGCUAAUUUAUGCUGAGAAUGCAGAGAAUGGUCUUGAGUUCACCAUAGUAAGGCCUUUUAACUGGAUUGGCCCAAGGAUGGAUUUUAUUCCUGGGAUUGAUGGUCCCAGUGAGGGAGUUCCAAGGGUUCUGGCAUGCUUUAGUAAUAAUCUCCUCAGACGUGAGCCUCUCAAGCUUGUGGAUGGUGGUGAAUCACAGAGAACCUUUGUUUAUAUCAAGGAUGCUAUUGAAGCUGUUCUUUUAAUGAUUGAAAACCCUGCCAGAGCUAACGGUCAUAUAUUCAAUGUGGGUAAUCCUGAUAAUGAAGUUACAGUCAGACAACUUGCUGAAAUGAUGACUCAGGUGUACUCAAAAGUAAGUGGGCAAGAUUCCAUAAAAACGCCCACAAUUGAUGUCAGCUCCAAAGAAUUUUAUGGGGAAGGUUACGAUGACAGUGACAAAAGAAUUCCAGACAUGACAAUUAUUAACAAACAAUUAGGUUGGAAUCCAAAGACACCGCUUUGGGAGCUGUUGGAAUCGACACUUAGGUAUCAACACAAGACAUACGCUGAAGCAAUAAAGCAGACCAUUGGAAAAACAGUAGCUAGUUAA